AAUCAUAGUUAGCAUUCGUGACUACUGGUAUAAUAAAAUUUGCCAAGAGCUUUUAACGUUUUUCUUGGCCGCUAACCAAGCUUUUUGGGCUUUGUCUUUCCUGACUCUACCCUGGAGGGUAUAGAAGACUACUCACGAAACCGCCUGGCAAAAACAAACAUUUUGGCGGGUGAUUGAUUCUUCUGUCGAACUUUUUUUAACUUGCAUCGUCACGUUCUUACAUAAGCUGAUGGGAACUGGACUUUGCGUUAAGUUAGCGUUUGCUGUUUUGUUUCCUUGUCUUCAGAGUAUAAAGACGUAGAUUUUGACGAGAGUCGAGGUAGGUCGAUUUGUCUUUUUCGCCUUUCGAUUAAGCUUAUUAUCAGUAAUGGUACAAAAAGUAAUAGAAUUAUAGUUUAGAAAAACAAAACUAAGCUUAAGUUCAGAAUUUUCAAUAUAAACUCGGAUCAGGCUGGGUUUUUUCUUAUUUCAAUGCUUACAUGCAGUUUAUUCAUUGAGCCUCCAGCGACUGAGUUUCGCUGGAAAAUGUUCGUGAGCUUUACACCUGCGAUGAAUCGUUACGUAACACCCCAAUGAAAGCAGUUCCCUUUAAAACGUUUUAAGAAAUGGACCAUUUCGGCUCCACGACGCAGUACAACCAUUAGGUUUAUUUUGGCCGUUUCGGCCGAGCACCAAGAGAUAUAACAGUACGUUAUACUACAACUUCUACUACAUUCAAACAUGUAACCACUAUUAUGUAAUAAUUAACAUUGUGACUGAAAAGCCCAGUUGAAGGGAGUCUCAAUAAAGGAUGUAUGUAUAGAUAAACUACAUCAGAACUGUAUCCACUCAGAUGCUGGAAAUUCCAUAUUACACAUCCCAACUACAUAACAGAAAAGUUUACGCUUUUUUAAUACAGCUAUCAGAAACUUUUAAGUGAGAAGUGGAGAGGAAAAGUUGUUACCCCUAGGUCUUAGAGCCCCUCUUUCAAAAUUGAUGGAUCUGCCCUUAAAAAAUGGGCUGUAGAUUGAACUUUCAUCAAGGGUUAAUGAUAUAAUAAUAGGGCCAUUUACACAAAGUACGUCUUACAGAAAAUGCAUUGUAAACAAGAUACAAUCAUCAAGGGGAGAAUUAAUGUAUAUUUAUGGUACAUUAACAAUGCAGUCUUCACAUCAUGUGACUUAUAUUGCACCAGCUAAGACACAGCUCAAAAUAAAUUGUGGUUGUGUAAUACACAUCUCAUGUGAUGAGACAUGUCAUAUUUUUUCCUGUAUAAAUGACUCUAUAUUGCAGUUCCAGAAAAUUUCCAUAUCAACCUCUUGGAGGGCUAUUAGGAGUUAUGAGGGGUAGGGGAGUUCUAGAGGCCAGAAAUUUAAAACGAUAUUUCUGAAGUUAAACAUUGAGGGGUGGAGGGGCUGGUGCAUGAGUUCAUAGGAAAAAAAAAUCAUCCUGUGGGGGUUUAGUUUGGAUAUUUUCUGAACAAAAUUAAACAGCUAAUUAUAAUAAGCUUCCAUUGAUACAAUAGUAAAGCUUUUUUUAUUGGUAAUGAUAACCGCAAUAAUAGCUAUCAUGCUGCAUAUAGUCUCCCUCUCAGCUAUUUUUUAGUGUUGUCAAGCAAUGCUUAAUAUUGCGUGAAGGCAGUAUGUCUGUGUGGAAGUCUAGACUAAUAGCUGUACUUAAAGGCUAAUCUGAUAUAAUAUUCCAUGGUUAUGCAAAAGCAAUAGAUCACCAAGGUGCACCAUGACAUCAUCAGAACUCCCUUUAUUGUCCGGAAAAGUGUGCAUUGUGACAGGAGCAUCUCGGGGUAUUGGUAAAGGUAUUGCCUUGAUGCUGGCUAAGGCAGGAGCCACCGUGUAUAUUACAGGUCAGUUCAACUUUUAGGAAAUUGUCUUACAGUAUGAUAAAUUAUCUACUCCACAAACAGUGGCCAACAAAAAACUGUUUUCUACGUGAACAUAAUUUAAAAGCACAAAAAAAUUCUUUUUGAUAGGAAGGACCCUUGAUGCUACAGAAGGAAGGACUGGAUCACUGCGGCAAACUGCUGAGGAGGUAAUAACAGUGUUCCACAAAUUAUUAUUUUUCAGCGUUGGUUUUCCAGUUCAGGUCUCCACAAGAACAGCGUGCAAAGAAAGUUGAGUUUGACUGAUGCAUUUAUAUCGAAUGAAUGGUCGUAGAAUUAUCGAAGGAAUACUCAUAAAGUUGUUUUUGAGAGAUUGCUGAUGUGUGACGUAAAUUACAUGUAAGUGGUAAGGUAUUCCAGGUAAUGUCAAUCUGGUUGAAGAAAGAGUCCCUAUUAAAUAACGAGGUAUGUACAAAAGCGUCUGGGGUGGGGGGAGAUUCCAAUGGAUACUGGCGAAGAACUCCAAGUAGAACCAGGAACAAAGCCUAUGUAGUCCUUGAUGGCUAUGCUUCACGGCUGUGUUAAAAUAGCAAUUUCAUAAAUUUAAAGAAGAAACAGAGAUAGCAGUAUUUCUGCCCAGGGUUAAUUCUAGAGUGUGGCUUUGUGAGAUUGAAGUCCACUUUUACGUAAAAGUGACAAGUAGGGUGUGGAAGUAAUCUGAAGUGAAGAAUUCGAUUUUUUUAGAUCACGGUAGAAAUAACACUGGUUAAGUGUCUUUCAGGUUUUAAUAAGACCCCCAUAAUGAGGGUACAGUGUGGGCUGCUGCCCGUGGAGUAGAAACAAAUUCUCCAGGAUAGGAGAGCUUUAAAUGCAAUAUCAGGCAAAAGCAAAACCAAAAAUUAAUUUGCUUUGCGAGUUUUAAGAAACAGAACUCAAAACACUAAGAGUUGACUCUGUCGCGUAGGCGUAGAACGACAAUAAUUUAAUUCACCUCGAAUAAGCGCCCACCACCACCCCACUCCAUCCACCUCGUACUCAAAAUGAAAUAAGCACCCACCCACAGUCCCCCUUCUAGCUCCCAUCCCCUCCCCCCUGCAAAAAAACUUGAAUAAGUACUAAUAAGAGACUUCCCAGAAGACGGAGUUUUCGUCAGAGUAGUUUACAGGAAACUUACUUUGUUACAUCUUCGCGUUUUGUUUUUACCAUUUAUUGUUUUGUUGCAAAAUAAACAUGCUACACUUGCUGAAAAAGUUAAAGUGCCCAGCCUCGAAUAAGCGCCCACCCUCAAGGUCCAAAAAUUUAAUAAGCGCCCAGGGCGGUUAAUCAAAUAAAUACGGUAUUUGUGAUUUUGUUCAUAUUCCUUGGUGGAAUUGAUGGUACCCUUUUUUCCAGUUUAUAUCUGAAACGACCAUCCCCCUCCCCCCAAAAGUUAAAUGAUCGUCCCCAUCGCAAGGACACAAUUUCUAGGGUAUGCAUCCGCCGUUUUGUCUUUUUUGGUCGAGACGACUUGAUUGGCUCUGCCACAGGCAGCCCAAUGAUGACCGUAAAGUGUUCAGUGACUCGUAAGAAAACUGUUACAUAUGACCGCUUCAGGCGGGUCGUUUAUAACAAAGAAGAUGUUCUGAACUGUAGUUUCUCCUAAACUUUAGUGUUCGGUACGGAUAAAUACGCGAUACAAAUUUUACGUUGUGUACGGUAUUGUUUGCGUGACACAAGCGAUGCGGUGUUACGGAACGAUCUUCCACGGCCAACUCAAUUCUAGGAUCAAAAUACAAAGGAUUUCGAAUAACUGUUUUACAUUAAACCAUGCACGAGUCACGUUUUCCACGCUAACCGAGAGUGUUCUCAGCAGAGGACAAAUAGGAAUGGUACUAAGAGAAUCCCAUGAGGGACUCCAUAUGUUACGUCCACCCAGGAAGAGAAUGAACUAUCAACGAGAACACUUUGGGAUCGUGACUUUAGUAGUGUGAUAACCAUGGAGAGUUCACGAAUGUCAAAUGGUAUUAAUUUAUGUUGAAACUGGUAGUGAGGUAAGGCAGACUCGAAAGGUAGUAAGAAAUCUAAUGAAGCAGCGAUUUUAAAAUGUUGUUGUUCUUUUUUAUUUGACUUUUUAGAUAGGACAAGAGAGUACCGGACAGUGUAUACCGGUGCAGUGUGACCAUGGAGACGAUCAAGAAGUCCAAAAGUUGUUCGAUAAAGUUAGCAAAGAACAAAAUGGACGGUUGGAUAUCCUUGUGAACAAUGCUUUCAAAGGAGUGAAGGUACAGUCUGUAAGCAACAGUCAGGCUGCAACAAAUAACAGAUGUCAACUAUUUUAUAUGAUGCACAGGUUAGGGAUGGCCGAAAGCUACAGUCAAAGCUCUCUUAACUGGCAUUCUUGUGUUGUGAAGUGGACAGCUCCACUUAUGCCGUUAAAAAACCAAAAUUUAAAACUUUCAUACUUAGAAGUUCCAAGCUACCUCAGCUGGGGCAUAUAAUAAGACAAUGGCACACUAUUCCUGGCGCGAGUCUCACACCUGCGGAUCGGAAACUUCGAUCUUACGCCUGCGGACCAAUUUCUCACGGCCGGAGGAAAAAUAUGAACCACAGCCUUAACGGACCCAUUUUCGAAAAAUGUAUCAAAGUAACAUAAACUCGAGGCAAUUCGAGAAAAGGAAAGUCUAUGUAAAUGAUCGUACUUUCCCCAGAAAUCAGUGGUUUUUGAAAAGAAAGCACCGCAACUGAGUCAUUUGGAACACUUUGAAAUCUUGGGACGACGUCUUACAGAUUUGAUCGGGUCCUUUACGAAAAAUCCUGAUACUCUAAGGACAAAAUUCUCGCGCCUUUGACUCAAAAAAGGUGGCAGGUACACUGUGCUGUACUUACUUAAAUUGGGGAGCUUAAGCAACGACGACAGCGACGGCAAUGAGAACGGCGAAAAAGCAAUAAGUCUAAAACAGCAUAUUUGCAAAACAAUAACUUUGCACGUGCAUCACGCUUUUUUGUCGCCUGCGAAUACAGCCGUCUCUCCUCGCUCCAAGUUCAAGCACAGGUUACCCAGGCUCACUGUGUCACGUACGGGUUUCAUAACAUGAGUAAAUAUAGAGAACAUAGGGCGAAGUUUAGGUCUGGAAAUUUGCUAGAAAGUGGAAAUAAAAAUCGAUGAAACUUAUCACGUGGCGAGUUGUUGUUAGCUUGCGAAAACAUCCGUUUCUCCUCGCUCUUCGCCGCUGGGGACUUUUCGCGAGGAGGAACGUCUGCGACUCAGCGAGAGAAAUUCCAUACUGAUGACGUAAAAUCUGUCCGGAAUCCGGUCAGAAGCGCUGAUUGGUCGACGGAGUAGUUACAUUGUUUUAGCUAUUGUUUACGAAUGACAGACAAAAGACAAAAGGCCACAAAGGUCAAAUGUAAAUGCGGAGAAUCUCUAACAAAACAGUCAAUAUUUCUGGAAUAUAGUCUUCUCUAGAAGAAGCAUUUAAGCUUUGCCGGAGCUCGUUGGCAGAUGAACACAACACUUCACCAAAAUCGACCAGAAGACACGCAAAAUCGGACAAAUUUAUAUUUGGAACCCCAUGACUACCGGAUUCAUUAUGUAAACAUUGAUUUGCGUCAUCAGUAUUGAAUUUCUGUCGCUGAGUCGCAGACGUUCCUCCUCGCGAAACGUCCCUAGCAGCGAAGAGCGAGGAGAAACGGAUGUUUUCCCAGGCUAAGUUGUUGUUGUCCUUAAUAUGCACACGAAGUUUCGAGAAAAAUGGCCUGUGCCUCAUCUUUACUAUACUAUGUAGGAAAGAUGAAGCGCACUAUUUUUCUCGAAACUUUCUGUGCAUAUUAAGAAGCGAGGACCGAGAGACGGCAGUAUUCGCAGGCUGGCUUUUUUGGACAUUUCUUUGCCGUUGUUGCACGACUAUGACGUGAAACUUCUUAGUUUCACGUUUUAUGGAGGACGUGAACACAAGAAAACAAUAAUUUUUUUUCUGAAUUUAGAUACAAUCCUUUACAAUCAACUCACGGAAAAUUCUUAACAUUAAACAAAUUAUAUGAAAUGGAAUAAGAGCAUUAAAUAAGGUUUGAAACAGCGCGAAUAGCGACGACGUUUUCGCUGCCCUUGCCGUCGUGAUUGCUGAAGCUCCCGGCCUAAAAGCAGUGUUAUAGUUUACUCAAAAGACAAAAAGUGAUUAAUAUAUCGAAAUAUAUGUAUAAUAACUGUGUGUUAUUGACAAUUUUUGUGUUAUGGCCUAGGUAAUAAAUGAAAAUGAAGAAAAACCAUUUUAUGAACAGGUAAGAAUCUCAAUUUAAUUGUCGAUGUUGAAGAAUUCUGCUUGGAAGACAUUUAAUUAAUAUGCAUCAUUUUGUAACUUUUUGUAACUUAGAGGGAUGAUCUCUUGCACUUUGUUAAUACAAAACUAAUGUCAUAAUUUGUUAGUGUCCACCAUGCAUCAAUGCUUGUUAUGACAUCAGUUAGUACAUUUAUGUAUACUACUGCAUGAGAAAUUUCUGCAAUUUGAUUGGUUAGAGCAGUGGUAUUUCAGUUUGAUUUGAAAUACCUACAUGUGAAAAUUACAAACCUAUUGCGGGUAGUAGUAUAAACAAAUAAUAGCAUGAUCUGUACGUGAUAUUUGGCAUAAAUACCACUCGUGAUAUUUCAAAAUUGUCUCAAAUUUAACUCGCCUAACGGCUCGUGAAAUUACGUGAAAAAAACAAUUUCAAAUAUCACUUGUGGUAGUUAUGCCAAAUAUCACUACAAAUCCCGCUAUUACCUAUACUAACUGGCUGGUGUUUUCCCUGCGGUUGUUGCGACUAACCGCCCAAUAGGUGCGUCUUCCACGGUUUUUUUCAAGUGCAAGUUUUGAUUUAGACCAAUAAGCGAAUAUCUAUGGACGCUGCUGGAAAGAGGGCCCCAAAAUUAGGAAACUUACCAAGUUUAACGGUGAUACGUCCAAAGAUAGCCAAGAUAUUGCUCCACAAAGUCGCGAAAUUUUACAGACGUUUGUAUGGUGGGGGGGCACGAAUCCACCCUUGUUUCCUCUUCUUUGGUUUGCUUGGUCACAAUUAACUUGGUGUUAUACUGAUUCUUAUCCUUUAGCCUGCAAACGUGUGGGAUGAGGUGAACAAUGUAGGACUCAGGUAAGAAAAUGAAUAUCUGAAGAUCGAAAGACCGUCUGUUCAGUUCAGAGAUGGUAUUACACAUUAACAUUUUUGGUAUGUAAGGUAAUUCCCUUGUUUUGUACUGCGCAUCAUCUACUGCGCGUUACUGCGCGUAACUUUGUGAUAUUAAAGGUGUAGGCGGUCAUUUUCACCGGCCGCCUGAAGAGAGGUAACAAAUGGCCCUUUUGUAGUCCAAAUAGUUUUCUUACAUUUUUUUGCAAUCCCCGCCUCGCGGUUGCCUUUGCUCGCCUGAAAAAAGCAAAAUAACGGCUGUUCUGCCGCCUAGUUUCUUGGUUAUUUGAACUGUGACAAUUUUUUUGUAGAUAGUCAUUCUCUGAAGUCAGCCAGUGCCUCAAGAAAUAUUGUUAAUGGAAAAUAUAUGCAUAUUCUCAAAGCUGUGCAGUAAGCCUUGCUGUUUUACUCUCAGUUAAUCGGCUGUAAUCUUUUCGCCCUCCUAAGUAUGUGGCGGUGUGGAUUACUCUCAAGGCUUUUUUUGCUAUUGAAUGUCUUAAAAGGACCGAUUGUCACGGAAAGGAAAACAAGCAAUGGUGUGUUAGGCCUUGGUAAGAUAAAAAACGUUGAUACCAACUUGCUUCUACCGAAAGGAGAAGAGCUCUUGGUCGCAUACUCGCAGGGUGGAUCUUAGGCACACGUGCUCAUUCCAGCGCUGGACUUUAUUUCAUGUUUUUUGUUUCAACGUUCUUGGCAUGUAUUGUACAGCUGUAGUUUAUCUCUCACUUCCAACCGUUUAACUUGAUGUAUAAUAGUCAGUAAAUGUUAAUGACUAGGUUACGGCAGCAAGGAGUUCAUCGUCAUCGGCGUUCUUUGUGUCCCUUUUCUCCAUUAAGGUCGAAUUACAUUGCCGCGUGGCAUGCAGCCAAGAUGAUGGUUCCAGCCAAACAAGGACUUAUAGUCAAUGUUUCAUCGUCAGGAGGAAUGACGUAUCUUUUCAACGUUGCAUAUGGCGUUGGAAAAGCUGCAGUAAGUCGCACAAGUUUACAUGCUCUUAAAAAUGAAAGUGGGGUGUUAGUGGGGUUCUUGAAAUUACGACUUCUUAGCGAAAACUUUGUACUUUAAUACAAAAGAUGUGUUUCGACUUCCGUCCUUUUCGAAGACUCGUCCUUCAGUAUUGACUGGUACUUAAUUUUCAAAAGUGCAUAUUCAAGAUCAUCUUGAUUGCAUUGAUAAUUUCUUUGCAUUACUAUUUUUCUAAGAAUGAUCGAAUGGCCGCAGACAUGGCUGUGGAGCUGAAGGAACAGAAUGUGGCUUGCGUGUCCCUUUGGCCUGGAGCUGUGAUGACUGAAAAUAUCAGAGACUAUUUAAGUCAACCACAAGAUGAGAAGGUAAUUUGCAGGUUUUAUACUAAAACAUAUGUAUCCACCACUUUUUGUACGUUACAGAACGCUCAAGUGAAAAAAAACAUAAACAUAAAAAAACAAAUAGAGGGUGUCAAGGAGUUUCUUUUGGCCCAAGUUAAUAAGUAUAAAAUUUUCAAAACAUCUGUUGAUUCGUGCCCUCUUUUUAUCGUGUUUUUCUGUUGAACGGAGGGCGCUAAAUGGAAUCAUAAAAUUUGAACCCUCCUUCCGCUGAUAAGUCAGAAUCACCCUUAAAUGUACUUUUGUAACAACUUAGGUUUGGGGUUACAAUAAAUCCUCCAUUAACCCCCCUCCCAUAACUGCAACUAUCGUGCGCGUCCUAUAUGGUUUCUAUCUCCUGUACCGAAAAUGUUUGAGAAAAUAUAAUUUCAUGAACUGUACUCCCGAAUUUCAAUGGGUGUCUCUCUCCUAACAUGUCUUGCUCUCUACGUGGCCACUCCUGUUACCCUGAACUUGUAAAGCUAACUCAUUAUUGGCGCAUGUCACUUAAUAGAGAGAUUUAGAGUCACGUUCACGGCAAACGGCAAACCUCAGGAUUUAAGUUGAGAAUUUCCCAAAAUAGAAAGUAAGCAGAUAAAAACUGUCUAGAACAAUUUUUAUGGAUUAUACUGGAGUGAAACUACUUAUUUGUUGGUAGAAAAUAAACAGUAAACUACAAUUAAGGGGGAAACUUGGUCAUGUGCAAAUUCACGUUUAACGUUUAACGUAAACGUGCCUCUAAAUCUCUCUAGUAGCAAAAAGGAAACUUGUUUUAAUCGCCAUCGACUUGUUAAAAGCGUUUGAUUCCAUCUUCCUCAGCUUAUUGUUAGCACAGCUGAAGGCGUAUGGUGUUGAUGAGUCAGUCAAUUGAUGCACAGGCCUUCCAAGCUCACGUCACGAGUGUGUUAUGUAACGUCGAACUUUACAUGUGUCGAACCUAAUUAUUAGGUUCGGCACAUGUAAAGUUCGACGUUUGAACCGGGCCCACAUACCGGAUAGCUGUUCGUGCUGACAUGAAAAGCUAUCCGGUAUUGUAUGAACAGCAACAAGACAGAACUGGAAUCAGUCGUUCACACACAUCGAACAUCGUACUGUGCCGAACCUAAUUAUUAAGUUCGGGUCGUGUAAAGUUCGACGUGUGAAUCAAUUAGGAACGGCACUUUCGGUGACUUUUGUAUUUGGGUCGACUCUGCCGUUCUAUUCGACUGAGCUUGUCGAAUACAACGACAAAAGAUCGACUUCGAUUCAUACGUCGAACUUCACAUGUGCCGAACCUAAUGCAUAAAUUAUGUUAACGUAUUUUCAAUGUAACCGCGCUUCUGAUUGGCUAUUCUAGUGGGUUUUCGCGCCUGUGCAGGCAGCACUCACAGAAGCGUUACGACGGUUACCAGGUAUUAGGUUCGGCACACUCGCUUUGUCUAAUGUAGGCGAAUUUUCCAGGAGUUGAAUUCUCAAGAAAGAUAUUCAAGUUUAAAAAGAGAAAGAGAAAUUCGCCUCGGUAUGUUCAAGUUGUCGAUAAAACGUGCAAAGUUGUUGUUUUGGUAACCUAAACCUAUUGUUUUUGUGACGUUCUCGUUGUCGUUUCCGUAGUUACAUCUUAAACUCCCUAGUACUUACUUCCGCUACGGACCGAAUACCUGUUCUGUUCACUUUUCAUCGAAUGCGAGAAUAUGCUUGGUGAAAACAUUAUUUAUUUAUUUAUUUAUAGUGUGAACAUUGUCUCAGGAGCACCCAACGACUGUUUUCUGUGAAAUAUCUGUUCGGAGAAGCAAAAAUUGCCUAGCAUUUUCUAUAGCUUGAGGAAGGCUAAAAAUUUCUAGAUAACAGUUCCAUUCAUGAGUCAUUCAUGUACAAUUUUCGAAGCAUAUCUAAGAAAUUCCCUACGUUUUCUUAAAGUUCAAUUUUUCGCAUUUCAGCCCCCAGGUUAGGAUGUUCUAAGUAGGAAAAGGAAAGCUAAAAUUUUCGGAUUCGAAAAUGCGAUUGAGAGAGGAAUCAGAAAAAUCAUCUCUUUCGUAAAACAAUGACUUAAAAACUGCAUCUAAAAUUUUCGAGAAAAUAAUUCUGAGACCCUUGUAAUUUCGAAAAGACUCAAGUUUUCCUAGGGUGACCGGACAGAUACAAAUUUUAUAGCCCCGCGUAGAAUACAUUUCUAGAGUUUUCAAUGCUUUUAGGAGGAAACCGUCGUUGGGUGCCCCUGUAGUCUUAAUGCAAGAGUGUCCUACUUAGCGUACGACUCUUACUUUGAUUUACUCGGCUAACAUAAGUUAAAACUCGAGUUAAUUAGAAAAUAAUAAAGAUGAGCAAAACCAACCUUUGAGUAAUAUUUCACUUUGUAGAUAAGGAGAACAGCCAAACUUUUCGAAGAUGCCGAGGAUCCAACAUUUUCAGGCAAGGCCGUGGCUUGGCUGGCAGCAGGUAUUAUUACAGUUGAUUUUAAACAUUGCCCAUGUUGUUCAAGACCAAGGCAAAAUACCAUAAUACGGCAUAACAUGAACGAAGCCUAGUUAUCUCUAAUUCUGGGUUAAGUGUAAACAGAGCGUAUAAAUUGUGCUGUUAAAUCGUCCUUUAAACAACACGGCCCAGAUAGUUCAGGCUAUCCCAUUACGCGCUGGGUUUGACAGUAACUGGCUAGUCGUCACGAUAUGUAAGCCAAAAGGUGUCUUUGCAUCAGUUGAAUUCCAAAAAUAAUGGCCGUGUUUUUUUAUUUUAUACUAUAUUUAGGCAUUGAAACUGUUUUCUGUCGUCUGUUGCUACGGAUGGCAUUUGAUGGACAUGGAUUGAAACUUCAAAAAAUUGGGCCAAGUUUUUCAAAUUUUAAUGCCCUACCUGCAAAGAUCACCAGAAAAAUUAUUAGGGUAUUAGUUAGAGUUCCCUGAUAAAAUUUGUUUGAUGUCUUCUUCAUAACUCUACAGGAGCAUUUUGAGUAUGGGUAAAGACACUAAGUAAUGACGUCAGCACAAAACAAAUUGUCCUAAAACAGCAUUAUCCUCGUGACAUAGUCCCUUUAAUUCUGCAUUUUCAGAUCCGGGCAUAAUGAAGAAAAGCGGUCGGAUUCUCAUAACAGCUGAGUUGGGGCGAGAAUACGGCUUCAAAGAUGUCGGAGGUUAGUCUUGUUUGGGUUUGGGCUUUUUUGCUCAUGUACUCUACUCUGUAUGCACAAACCAAAUAUGGCAGGAGACUUCCCACAUGUAUCCAAUCAGCGCCAGCGCACCCUUGGCGUACUCGAUAAAGACUCUGCGUGAAUCGAGUAAGAUCUUUGUUGAGCAGGCGCUGCAUGUUGCUAGGAUACAGUUUCAAACCCAGGCCUAAUAGCAGUGCGCUCGUUACAGCGGGCUUGAGUAUGAACAUCGGUUUAUCAAUAGACGGAUACUCGCACUCAAAAACCCAGUUUGACGAGAGAAAACAGAUUUACUAGUCCGAACGUUCCGGUUGCGGUGACGUCAAAGACUUGACACGAUUGAGAAAGAGCCUCCUUUUUUUCCCCCUCGAUCAAGAAGAAGAGAAAAGGAGCCGCUCUGCCCGUAGGGUGGCGCUAGCAUAGCCGGUGUAUAAUUCUUGAUGUCUUUAAGGUCCAUAUUAUACCAUUCUUGGAGGAGUCACGGGGAACAACUAACUGUUUGUUGACUUGUAUAAAGCUUAAAAGUGACGUCUUUGUUAGGUUUUUGGUGUCAUGACACGCGUGCUCGUACAUUCACCAUAUUCCCUGAAAUCCCGUGGAGGGUCACACAUUGGUUUCAGUGGCGGAUCCAGGAGAGGCCCGCCCCUUCCCCCCAUAUUUUUAGACCGAACUGAGGCGCGAAGGGCCGAAAAAAUGUUUUUGAGACCGGCCCCCUCCCUUAUUUUAGGUCUGGAUAACCCCCCCCCCCCUCCCCCUUCUUUCAAGAGGUAGUCAAAAUCUUACUAGUAGCAAGUCCCUUGGUGUAACUCCAAAAUUGUGAACAUCAGACUUAUUCAUUAAUGUCCUUCCAUUCUUUUAGGAACCCAGCCAUUGUCGAUUCGACAAGUGAAGAAACUCGUCUCCUAUUUCUACCCUUCCGUGUCGUGGAUGAUUCCUGAGUUUGUUUAUGUUCCUCGCUGGUUACUGGCAGCGGGCGUUCAUAAGUUUUGAUAACGUAUGGUGAGAAAUGCCUAUCACUGGAUGGUCGAUGUUUGUUCGCUUCUCUACUUAGCUUCUUGGACUUCAGUUUCAAGUCCUAAAACGUGUGUGCGGUUCAACCUAGCUAUGACAAUAAUAUGAUAAUAUGAUAAUUACGGUAUAGCGAAUCUGCCGGGGCCCGUUUCUCGAAAGUCCCGAUAAUUAACGGGCCCGGUAAGCUGUUGCCGUUUACAUUAAAGAUCGAGGUUUCAAUAGUUUUGCAUCUAACAUGAUAAAACUAUCAGCUAGUGAAACAAAAGGAGUAGUUUGCUAGCCAGGACCCACGCCUUUAUUCUUUAUAUUUCGAUUUCAAUAUUUGAUUUCGGCCCGAAAAGUUACCGGGACUUAAACGGCCCCCUGAACACAAGGCAGAGCAAGAUGCAAAUUUCGUGCGCUUUAGGACGCAUGCUCUGUUCCCAAUAUUCCCAGAGGAGUCCUGGGUACUAGAAUGAAUCCGAAUACAAAAAAAAUGGGAAUUUAAAUGCGGACACGUGCGGACGUGGAAAUUUUUGAAUCCGGAAAAAAAAAGUUGCGGAUUCAAAAAUAUCCGGAUACCUGUGGACGGGGCCUUAUUGUUUGAGGGGUUAUUUUUAUGUUUCACUCAAUUUGGAGGCUGUUGCCACCGUGGCUUAUUUUCGAUAAGAGUAAUUUCUUGACUCAGUUCUCUUUUCAAUUUAGAAUCCCAAGUAUUUUUCUUCUUUGUAAAUCAGAAACCACUACAGAAAUGUUAUUUUUCUCGAAGCGAGUAAACCGGAAAAUAAUCAAGGGGAUACUCAACCUCCAGGGUUCAUUCAGGUAACGUAGGAGGCUCCUCCUCUAACAAUGUUUUUGUGUCCACCCCACCGUACUCAGGGACCUUAAGAUCCGACGACGGCGACGGCAACGAGGACGUCAAAAAAGCAAUAGGUUUAAUAACCAAAACAACAAUUUUGCACGAGCAUCACGCUUUUUUGUACAUUCUUUUGCCCUCACUGCAUAACUACGACGCGAAAAUGCCUAAUUUCACGUUUUACAGAGGAAGUGCACAAGCGACGUCGAAAUUUCCUCCCUUUCUGAACUUUGAUAUGGUUCUUAUGAAUUCAACUUUAGGAGGGUUCACCUACAUUGAAAGAACGCGAAUUCACUUUUUCAGCGACGUUUUCGCUGCCUUCGCCGUCCUUGGAUCUUAAGGUCCCUACCACGACAGCGAAGGCGGCGAAAACGUCACUUAAAAGGUUGAGCGCGAUUAUCCCAUGGAUAAUAGAAAGAUUGGGUCUUUUUAUCAUCCAUGAUUAUCCCAACUCGCUCACUCUGUCUAAUGUAGGCGAAUUUUCCUGGAGUUGAAUUGUCAAGAAAGAUAUUCAGGUUUAAAAAGAGAAAGAGAAAUUCGUCGUCGUAUGUUCACGUUUUCGAUAUAACGUGAAAUUAGGCCAUUCAGGUCGUAGUCGUGGAGUGACGGCAAAGACAUGUAAAAAAAAAGUAUGAUGCACGUGCUAAGUUGUUGUUUUCCUAACGUAAAAGCUAUUGUGUUUGUGACGUUCUGGUUGUCGUUUCCGCAGUGACAUCUUAAACUCCCUGAUAGUCGCCCCAUGUAAGGAAAUCCGGCUUGUAGAAUCGGGAAUCAGGGAAAUUCCUGCUAGUAGAAUCCGGAUCUUGGGCUUUGAAAUCCAGAAUACAGCUCAAGGGAUCCGGUAUCCCUCUAAUCUAACGAUUGGAAUCUGGCAUCCAAGUUCCACUGACAAAGAAUCUGAUAUUGAAUACCUGGAAUCCAGAAUCCACGGCGUGGAAUCCAGAACUGUCUUGGAUUCCCUUUAAUACAUGGGGCGAUAAUAGACAGGAGAAGUCGUUAUGUCACAUUGCCGUGGUAGCAAAAUUUUUGGAUGACAACAAACCGAAAAAGUCACUUAAAAAGUGAUUUUGCACUGCUUCAAACUUCAUCGAUCUUAUCCAGUGUCGCUUAAUUUGGCGAAAUUUUCUCGGGUUGAAUCCGAAAGAACCGUAGCUAAGUUUAGAAAAAGAAAAAGACAACGUCUAUGUUUUGUUCACCUAAUCCAUAAAGUGAGCGUGUGAAAUUAGGAAGUUUUAUGUCGCAGUGGUGCAACGACGGCAAAGAAAUGUACAAAAUAGCGUGAUGCACGUGCAAAGUUGAUGUUUUGUUAAUAAAACCCGAUUACUUUUUUUGCCGUCCUCCUUGUUGUCGCCGUCGUCGUGGGUUUUGUUUUCAUCCAGAAAUAGUGCUGCCAUGGUAACUGACGUCACACCUCGCCUCUCUCUAAUAGAGCGUUUAGCAAAAGGGGCCAUGUGGAAUGGCCUUGGUAACGAACUCAAGAUGAUAAGCUCUUUCAAGUCCGCUCUGACUUUGUCUGGAACUGCGAUAGUACUUAGUUUAAGUUAGUCUAUAUGUAUUUAACUGUAGAAUAGUUUCUUUUAGUUUUUUGAUAACCUUAAAUGGCUUUUGUGUCUUUUUUAGCUGCAUAGUUUUCUCUUAAAACUUGUUAUGUAAAUGGAUCACUGAAAGAGCAUUUUUAAUGAAGUGAUACCAUUAAUAAAGCUUUUUGAUUGACUGAUUGAUUGAUUGGAUAAAGAGCAACGAAAGGAAGUCAAUUCCGACUUUUCUAGACCGCGUACCAACAGAACACAGGAGCACCCAAAGACUGUUUCCUCCUAAACACAUUGAAAACACUUUUUA